CAAACAAUGUUACGUAAGGGUAUUACAGAGAGCUUUGGCGCUGCCAUCCAUGCUCUAAACACCACCAAGCUGACAGAUGGUGUGAUUAGCAGGAGCAAAAGGAUGAUGCUGGACACCCUGGGUGUUGGGCUAAUAGGCAGCAGGACAGCUGUCUUUAACAAGGCUCUCACGUACAGCCAGUCCUUCAAGUCUGACGAGAGGAGCAGUGUUUGGGGUAAAUCCCAGAUCACUCUUCCUCCUACUUACGCUGCAUUUGUCAAUGGCAUAGCGGUUCACUCCAUGGACUUUGACGACACGUGGAACCCGGCUACUCACCCCUCGGGGGCCGUGCUCCCCGCCCUGCUGGCCCUCGCUGAGACGCUGCCCAGCCGGCCCUCCGGUCUGGACCUGCUGCUGGCCUUCAAUGUGGGCAUUGAAGUGCAGGGCCGACUCCUGAGGUUCUCCAGAGAGGCCUUCAACAUCCCUGAGAGAUUCCACCCCCCCAGUGUAGUUGGGGUAAUGGGCAGCGCUGCAGCCUCAGCUAAGCUCCUGGGUCUGUCCCCCACAGAGUGCAUCCACGCUCUGGCCAUCGCAGCCUCCUCUGCCGGGGCCCCUCUGGCCAACGCUGCCACGCAGACCAAACCUCUCCACAUCGGGAACGCUGCUCGCAGAGGGCUGGAGGCCGCCCAGCUGGCCCAGAUGGGACUGGAGGGGAACCCAGCCAUCCUGGAUAUACCCAGUGGGUUUGGGGUUUACUACAAAGACUACAGUCCUUCAGCAAUGACAGUUCCUGCUUCUGGUGACUUUAAAUGGAUGCUGGAAGACCAGGAUAUAGCCUUCAAACGCAUCCCUGCUCACCUGGGGAUGCAGUGGGUUGUGGAUGCAGCGCUGGCAGCCCGGGCAAAGCUUGAAAACACGGCCAGAAACUUUGACCUCAGGCAGAUCAGAAGGGUCACACUCAGAGUGCCUCCCUCCAAGUAUGUCGACUGCCCCUUGCCUUCCACAGAGCACCAAGCCAGGCACUCAUUUCAGUUCAACGCCUCCUCCGCCCUGCUGGAUAACAAAGUGACCGUGUCUUCCUUCAGUGAAGCUCAGAUGAACCGGCCUGCACUGAAGGAGCUCCUCUCCAAAGUGAAAAUGGAGACCCCUAAAGAUAACCGACCCAGCUUUGACAAGAUGUACUGUGAGGUUGAGAUAGAAACAGAUCUGGGGCAGAGUUACGCAGCCAGAUGUGAUACCUUUUACGGCCACUGGAGGAAGCCACUGAGUCAGGAGGAUUUGGAGGACAAGUUCAGUGUUAAUGCUUCUUCAGUGUUGUGUUCAGAGGGGGUGGAGGGCCUGAUCGACGUAGUAGGAAACAUGGAAAGAGUGAGAGAAUGCUCAAUCCUGGGUUCAUAUCUCAGGUUGACAAGCAGUCAACAGGAGCAGUGUGACAGCUUGCAAAGAUUGUAAAUAUGCGAUUAAAAUGAUGUACCGAGUCGAGUGUGAAGACAUUUUAUAUUUUAAACACAAGAAU